AUGCCCAGGAUCUGCUGCUCUCGCUCCGAUACUCAAGUUGUGGUAGGACAAAGAUCUCAAUCGGGUAAAGGGAAAAACAAUGAAGGAGGGAUCAAAUUCGGAUUUAGUUUAGUGAAAGGAAAAUCAAAACACUCAAUGGAGGAUUAUCACGUUGCUCAGUUUAUCAACCUCAAAGGCAAUGAAUUGGGGCUAUUUGCAAUCUUUGAUGGUCAUAAAGGUGAUGGUGUAGCAGCUUAUUUGCAGAAACAUCUCUUCUCCAACAUCCUAAAAGAUGGAGAGUUCUUGGUUGAUCCUAGAAGAACGAUUGCGAAAGCUUAUGAGAACACAGACCAGACGAUUCUAUCGGAUACUAGCUCUGAGUUAGGGAGUGGUGGUUCGACUGCAGUGACUGCGAUUCUGAUCAAUGGGAAGAUGCUGUGGGUAGCGAAUGUGGGGGAUUCGAGAGCGAUUGUUUGUCGUAGAGGUAAGGCAGAGCAGAUAAGUGUUGAUCAUGAUCCUGAUGAUGAUGCUGAGAGGGAUUUGAUUGAGAGUAAAGGUGGAUUUGUUACCAAUAGACCAGGAGAUGUAGCACGAGUGAAUGGUUUGUUAGCAGUGUCUCGUGUCUUUGGAGACAAGAACCUUAAAGCGUAUUUGAAUACAGAGCCUGAUGUUAAGGAUGUUACUGUUGAUGGUCAGACAGAUAUGCUUAUUCUGGCUAGUGAUGGUGUUUCCAAGGUGAUGUCAAACCAAGAAGUAAUAGAUGUAGCUAAGAAGUUGAGAGAUCCAAAGGAAGCGGCGAAGAAAGUAAUUGGUGAAGCAUUGAAAAGAAACAGUACUGAUGACAUAUCUUGCAUUGUUGUCCGGUUUAGAUGA